AUGUCCCGAACUUACCUGCUCGGCACAGCCUCACUAGAAAUGUCUAAGAAAAAGCACCAGCUAGAAAAUUGCAAUAAGCCAACGAAGAGGGUGAUCCAUAUCAUUGACCCUAAUGUCAUCUCAGAAGCCGGCUUGCAAAAUGAACUGCCAGUAAGGUGCUCUAAUGAAGAUGGUGAGAUUACAUCAAUUUCUUUGACUUCACAACCCUCCAACGAUUUUCUCAAGUUGGCGUACGUAAACGAGAAAUUAGAUCCGUCUUUGCCAUCCCAAUAUUUUAGACAAGAUAUCAUAAAUGUUUUACAAAGCUUGGAGAUUCCUGGAUGGGCUGCGAAUGACUCUAAAGAAACCGUGUUGGAUAAAGAUUUAUUAACUUUGACGAAAAUCAAGGGGGCCCUUACAAAUGUCAUUUAUAAGAUUCACUAUCCGAAUCUACCCUCUUUACUAAUGAGAAUUUUUGGUGAUAGCAUAGAUUCUGUAAUUGAUAGGGAAUAUGAAUUGAAGAUUAUCGCGAGAUUAUCAUUUUAUAAUUUAGGUCCCAAGUUGGAAGGAUAUUUUCAGAAUGGCAGAUUUGAAAAAUAUAUUGAGGGUUCGAGAACAUCUACUCAGGCUGACUUUAUAGAUCGGGAUACUUCAGUAAGAAUUGCUAAAAAGUUGAAAGAGUUGCAUUGCACUGUUCCACUAACGCAUAAAGAAAGAUCUGAUCAACCAUCGUGUUGGAAAACCUUUGAUCAGUGGAUCAAAUUAAUAGAUUCGCAUAAACAGUGGGUUUCCGAUCAUGGAAAUAUAAGUGAAAAUUUACGCUGUUCAAAUUGGAACUUCUUUAUAAAGAGUUUUGAAACUUAUAAGCAUUGGCUAUAUAACGAUUCCGCUUUUACUUCAAAGUUGUUAAGAGAAGGUGAUAAAGAUAUUACGAUAAAUACUGGGCUGAAGAUGGUAUUUUGUCAUAACGACUUACAGCAUGGUAAUUUACUUUUUAAAAGUAAGGACAACGAUAACGUUUCAGUAGAUGAUUUAACAAUUAUUGAUUUUGAGUACGCUGGCCCUAACCCUGUUGUAUUUGAUUUAUCAAAUCAUCUGAAUGAAUGGAUGCAAGACUAUAAUGGUGUACAGUCUUUCAAAUGUCAUAUUGAUAGGUACCCAAAAGAAGAAGAUGUUCUAGUUUUUGCACAAAGUUAUAUAAAUCAUAUGAGUGAGAAUCAUGUGGAAAUCGAUUCACAGGAAGUUAGGAUUCUCUAUAAUCUAAUCAUCGAGUGGAGGCCUUGCGCACAACUAUUCUGGUGUCUUUGGGCUCUUUUGCAAAGUGGAAGGCUUCCGCAACAACUACUGAUAGAUGAAAAAUCAAUCAGCAAAAAAGAUAGAUUAUGUGAUGAAACGUGUACUAUCACACGCAAGAACGGCGAAAGUAAAGAGGACGGAAAAUACGAUGGUUACGAAGAUGAUUCGUUUAACUAUUUAGGAUUUUGUAGAGAAAAGAUGUCUGUUUUUUGGGGUGAUUUAAUUACAAUGGGGAUUAUCGAUAAAGACUGUUCAGAUAUUGGAAAAACCGACUACUUAGACACUAAAGUUAUUCUUUAA